ACUCCCAAGCCUGAGGAGACAACUCCUGAGGAAGCCACAACCAAGGCAGAAUCUCCCACCACCCCAAAACCUGAGGAGACAACACCAGAGGAAACAACAACUAAGGCUGAUUCCCCUACCACUCCAAAACCUGAGGAGACAACCCCAGAGGAAGCCACAACCAAGGCAGACUCUCCCACCACUCCCAAGCCUGAGGAGACAACCCCAGAGGACGCAACAACCAAGGCAGACUCCCCCACCACUCCCAAGCCUGAGGAGACAACUUCUGAGGAAGCCACAACCAAGGCAGACUCUCCCACCACCCCAAAACCUGAGGAGACAACUCCAGAGGAAGCCACAACCAAGGCUGACAGCCCCUCCACCCCUAAAACAGAGGACACAGUCUCUCCGACCACCCCUGCAGCCCCCAAGGCCGACACCACCGUGGUACAGACAAAAACACCCACUGCAGUGACAACCCCUGCCCCUGAAUUAGUCUCAACUGCUGAUAAAGACAAAGCAUCUCCCAGCAGUGCUGCAGCCACUACAGCUGGGAAGGACACUCCCACACCUGGAGCAGACACAAUGCUUUCAGAUACCACAAUGGAGAUCAAGGAGGUAACAACACCCAAGAAAGACAGAACUACUCUGCUUAAAGACAUUUUAACAGCCACAAUUGGGAAAGACUCGGCUACUCUAGCUGUGGUGACAACAGCUAAGCCAGGUGACUCUCCUAAAGGUAUGGAUGACAUUCCAAAUGCAGCCAAGCAACCUGUCACUGCAGCAGCUGCAUCAGAAACAACAACAGCAGCCACAGCUCCCUUGCCCAAGCCUGCAACCACCAAAGCAGAGUCAACUCCUGAACCCAGCAAGGUGGUAACACCCAGCAAAAAAGAGCCAAGUCCAGAAAUGGAGCAGGCUGCAGCAGCUCCAGAGAGCGCAGGUGCUACUUGU